GACCUUCCUUUCUCUGGGCUGUAAAGCUGGAGAGCCAGCAACAAGUUCAGCUGAAGACGGAAGCAAGAGCUGGGUCAGGUGGCAGCCUCAGUAGCCUUGGGGACCUCAGCAACUAUGGCCUCCUGCCCAGACUCGGACAAUAGCUGGGUGCUUGCCGGCUCAGAGAACCUGCCUGUGGAGACCCUGGGCCCUGAAUCCAGGAUGGACCCAGAAUCUGAGAGAGCUCCCCAGGCCCCUUGGAGCCCCUCCAAGGCAGCUGCUGAGGAGUUAGCUGGGACCUUGGAUGGAGAAGAGACCCUGUUCCAGAGUGAGAGCUCCCAGUCCAGGCCCAUUCUGCCAGAGGAGACUGAGGCCAAGGGUGUCCUGGAAGGUGAUGAUCGUGGAAUGGAGCCCCCUGGCCCAGGAGACACAGAGGCCCAGGGAGACUUGGAGGAGACCCCCGAGGCGGUAGCUCUGGGACCAGACACACAGGACCUGGAGGAUCAGGGUCCCCCCAACAGCCUGCCCUCAUCCCCCCAGACAGCUUGGAUCAGGGAGGAAGCCCACUGCUCCAGCAGUGAGGACGACACCGACAUGGACGUGGAGGGUCUGCGGAGACGGCGGGGCCGGGAGCCCAGCACUCCUCAGCCUGUGGCCCCCCUGGGUGUGGAGGACCAGACCGGGGCUGAGGGUGCGGGCAGGGAGCUGGGCAUCUCCCUCAACAUGUGUCUCCUCGGGGCCCUGGUUCUGCUGGGCCUGGGGAUCCUCCUCUUCUCCGGUGGUCUCUCAGAGGCUGAAAGUGGGCCAGUGGAGGAAGCGGACCUGCAGGUCUUCCCAGAUACCGGCUCGGAUACUGAGAUGCUGGAGGCUGAGGAGGAUGGGCAGGAUGGGCUAAAGCAGCAGCUGCAGACCUCAGUGCCCCCUGACAGUGUUCCCAGCCUGCAGAACAUGGCCCUUCUGCUGGACAAGCUGGCCAAGGAGAACCAGGAUAUCCGGCUGCUGCAGGCCCAGCUGCAGGCCCAGAAGGAAGAGCUUCAGAGCCUGAUGCGUCAACCCAAAGGGCUGGAAGAGGAGAAUGCCCGGCUCCGAGGGGCCCUACAGCAGGGCGAGGUCUCCCAGCGGGCCCUGGAGUUAGAGCUGCAGCAGCUGCGGGCCCAGCUCCAGGGCCUGGAGGCUGACUGUGUCCGGGGCACAGAUGGGGUGUGUCUCUAUGGGGGCAGAGGCCUGCGGGCUGGCAAGGUCACCAAGGAGCAAGGCCCAAGGGGGCAGGUGCCAAGCCCUGGCUUCCUGGAGCAGAAGAAACAGCUAGAGGCUGAGGCCCAGGCAUUAAGGCAAGAGUUGGAGAGGCAGCGGCGGCUGCUGGGGUCUGUGCAGCAGGACCUGGAGCAGAGCUUGAGGGAUGCGGGCCGAGGGGACCCAGCCCAUGCUGGCCUGGCUGAGGUGGGUCACAGGCUGGCCCAGAAGCUGCGGGGCCUGGAGAACUGGGGCCAGCGCCCUGGGGUCCCUGCCAAUGCCUCAGAGGCCUGGCAUCAGGAGCCUCACUUCCAGAGUUCCAGGGAGUGGAGCGGAAAGGAAAAGUGGUGGGAUGGGCAGAGGGACCGGAAGACUGACCACUGGAAACAUAAGAAGGAGGAAUCUGGCCGGGAAAAGAAGAAGAGCUGGGGGGGUGAGGAGGACAGGGAGCUGGCGGGGAGGUGGAAGGAGGGCAAGCCAAGGGUGGAGUGGGCCAGCAAGAAGGAUGGCAAACGACAGGGUUCUAAGGAGCCCCCCAGGAAAAGUGGGAGCCCCCACUCCUCCAGAGGAAGGCAGAAACACCCUCAGUGGAAGGAGGGGGCUAAAGACAGGCAUGACCCCCUGCCACUCUGGGCAGAGCUGUUGAGGCACAAGUACCAGGCACCCCAGGGCUGCUCGGGUGUGCACGAGUGUGCCCGCCAGGAGGGCCUGGCCUUCUUUGGCAUGGAGCUGGCCCCUGUGCGGCAACAGGAGCUGGCCUCUCUGCUGAGGACGUACCUGGCGCGGCUGCCCUGGGCCAGGCAACUGACCGAGGAGCUACCCCUUUCUCCUGCUUACUUUGGUGAGGACGGUAUCUUCCGCCACGACCGCCUCCGCUUCCGAGACUUUGUAGAUGCCUUGGAGGACAGCCUGGAGGAGGUGGCAGUGAGACAGACAGGUGAUGACGAUGAGGUGGAUGACUUUGAGGACUUCAUCUUCAGCCACUUCUUUGGAGACAAAGCACUGAAGAAGAGGUCUGGGAAGAAGGACAAACACUGGCAGAACCCCAGAGUUGUGGGGCCCAGGGAGGAACACAGCCACCAGCGCCAGGGCUGAGGCCCCGUGCUGUCUGUCCCCUGGGAACCGUUAAACUGCCACCUCCCUUGGCUCGUUUGGUGUCCUUGGAUAUCCUUCACCGAGGAGAGCGGAAAUCACCCAGCCCCGCACUGAAACCACUUUUGCUAGAAAAAGGUCUUAGCUGGACCUGCCUUGCUAUCUAUGCAAAUGUAUGCAAAUGCUCAGGGCCCUGGGCCGUGACUCUUGCAGCCUGAUUGUGUCCCGCCAGUGUGAAGGGGGGAUGGGAGAGAAGCCUGUUUU